AUGAGUAAUAGAUCGAAAUAUAGUGUAGUAUGGGAUUAUUUUAUUCGAUUGGAUGACAAUCAAGCAAAAUGUGGUAAAUGUCAAACUAUAUUAAAAGUUAAUCGUUCAUCUUCUACAAAUUUAAUUCGACAUAUGAGAACAAGACAUCCAACAAUUGAUUUAGCUCCUCGUCGUAGAGCAGUUUGUGUUCCUGAUGAAUUAGUAGCCAAUCCCGAUGAUCGUGUACCAGAUCCUUCACCAUCAAUUAUUCAGGCAAGUACUUCAGCUCUUCCAGUUCCACCAGCUCCUCCAGUACGUCCACAGCAAUUGGCAAUUUCAAAUUACUUUUCAUGGCCUGUAAGUGCAACAAAGAGACAGUUAUUAGAUGAGCAGUUGAUAAAAGUAAUCGUUAAAGAGUACCAACCAUUUUCUUUAGUAGAAGAUGUAGAGUUCAGAAAAUUCGUAAAUGUAUUAAACCCAAGUUAUGCUUUACCUUCAAGGAAAACUGUUUCCUCGUUGUUAACUAUAAAGUAUAAUCAGAUUUAUGAUGAAAUAAAGGCUAAUUUAAAUAGGAAUGUAGAGUUUGUUUCACUUACGACAGAUACAUGGACGUCAUUGAAGAAUGAAAGUUAUAUGGCCUUUUCAGAAAAACAUACUAGCGAGAAUCUCAAAUCUUCACUUCUCGAGAUCACUGAAAAUUGGGGUAUUCGUAAAAAGAUCGUAGCGUGUACAUCAGAUAAUGCAGCCAAUAUUUCUUUAGCGUCUUGUGAUAUAUUGGAACGGUUUAAGGAAAUAACCACAGAUCUGAGUAGUGAAAAAAGUGUACCAAUUUCUAAAGUAAUUUUGUACAGUCAAGCAUUGAUAACAUAUAGUACACAAUUACCAACAAAAGAUCUAACUCCACAAUAUGAGUCGAAUCCACUGUUGUCAGAGGCUACAUUUUUAGACCAUCGGUUCAAAAAAUAUGGCUUUCAGAAUGAACAGUCUUUUAAAAAAGUUAAGGAGAUUAUAGUAAACAAAGGUAAACUGAUAGUCACAAAGUUAAGAUCUGCCAUAGACCAAAAUGUAAGUGUUCCUGCUGUUUUAAACAAUAUUGGAAAAGAAAAUUCAAUUUGGCAAGAAUUUGAUGCAGGAGUUGAAAAUGUCGUACAGUCUCUAAAUCCAACAGCAACAAUAAUUGUAGAAGUUGAUAAGUAUCCUCAAGAGCCUCCAAUCCCUAGAACACAAGAUCCUUUAAAAUGGUGGAAUAACAAUAGGCAAAUAUAUCCUACACUUUUUAUAAUGAUGAAAAAGCGAUUGUGUAUUCAAGCUACAUCAGUACCAAGUGAAAGAGUUUUCUCUAAAAGUGGACAAAUUGUAUCGACAAAACGUAGUAGGUUGUUAAGUAAAAAGGUCGAACAAAUUGUUUUUUUAAAUUAUAAUUUAAAAUAG